CGUGCUAGUCAAGCCAAAGCCCAAAUCUGCAAACAAGAAGUGACAUAUCUGGGCUUUAUCAUCAAGAAGAACACUCAACUUUUAGCUGCCAGCAGGACCCAGGCAAUCAAUUGUAUACCCCAGCCCCGGAAAAAAGAAUUACGAGUUUUCCUGGGCAUGGCAGGGUACUGCCAGAUCUGGAUCCUGAACUACGCUGCCCUGACACAGUCCCUCUAUGAACUCUUGAAACAGAAAGUCCCUGAAUCCGGGACCCUAGACUGGACAUCUAAAGCAAAAGAGAGCCUCCGGAAUCUUAAAUCAGCCCUUACCAGUCCACCCGCUCUAGGACUACCUGAUAUCAGCAAGCCCUUCCACCUCUAUGUAGACGAAAAGAAGGGCACAGCCGUGGGCGUUCUGACCCAGAGAGUGGGUUCGUGGAAUCGGCCUGUAGCAUACCUAAGCAAGAAUACUGAUCCUGUGAGCAGAGGUUGGCCAGGAUGUCUCCGAUGUAUCGCCGCCGCAUGCCUGCCCUUAACUGAAGCCAUUAAACUUACCUAUGGGCAGCACAUAGAAAUCACUGCCUCACACUCCAUGAAAGCUCUGCUGGAAACCCACGGACCAAAGUGGAUGACCAACUCCCGACUUGUCAAAUACCGAGCACUGCUGUGUGAGAACCCUAACGUGCAAGUGAAUGACUGCGUAGCCCUGAACCCUGCGACUCUGAUGCGCUUGCCUGAGCCAGUUAUACAUGAUUGCCAAGAAAUAAUGGACACCGUCCAUUCUAGCAGACCCGACCUAAAAGACAGCCCUGUGCCUGGCAGCAUCGUCCUUUUCACUGAUGGAAGCAGUUUUGUCCAGCACGGUGUCAGAAAGGCGGGUUACGCCAUAGUAACAGAAGAUGAGGUCCUAAUCGCUGAAGCGCUUCCACCUGGCACGUCCGCUCAGAAAGCUGAACUCUUAGCUUUAAUCGCUGCACUAGAAUGGGGAAGAGAAAAGAAGAUCACGGUCUACACAGAUUCAAAAUAUGCAUUUCUUACUCUCCAAGUACACGGAGCAUUGUACCGAGAGCGAGGGUUCCUCACAGCCGAAGGAAGAGAAAUAGCACAUUCACAAGAGAUCCAGAGGCUCUUACAAGCUGUAUGGCUACCAGAGAAGGUUGCGGUGAUUCACUGCAGAGCACACACCGGGAAAUCUAACCCAAUUGCUCGAGGGAACCAGAGGGCGGAUCAGGCUGCCAAAGACGCCGCCAACCAGCCAGUACGAGAAACAAGCCACGCCCUCUUGAUUUCCCUGCCACCUCUUGCCAUGACGCCUCCACAAUGCCAUCUAGGCAAAGAAGCCCUUCGGCAUCUGAUCGAAAAGACCAUGUACAUAGACAAGUUAGCCACCCACUGCAUGGAAGCUUCCAAAAGAUGUGUCACCUGUGCACGAAAUAACCCAAAGAAAGGACCUGUGCUUCCCCCAGGCCAGAUACUCCGAGGCAGCCGACCCUUUCAAGUUAUGCAAAUUGACUUCACCCACAUGCCGCCAGCUGGAGGCUACAAGGUCGCCCUCGUAGCCGUAUGCACGUUCUCGGGAUGGGUAGAAGCAUGGCCAGUCAGAUCAGAAGGGGCAAGAGAAGUAGCGAAACACCUGAUCCAAGACCUCAUCCCUCGCUAUGGCCUGCCCCAGCAGCUGAACUCUGACAAUGGACCAGCUUUCCAAGCCGAGCUCACUGAAAAACUUAGCAAAGCACUUCAUAUAGACUGGAAGCUACACUGUGCUUGGAGACCGCAGAGCAGCGGGGCAGUAGAAAGAGCCAACCAGACCCUGAAACUACACCUUCGCAAAAUGUGCGCAGAAACACACUCUAAAUGGACUCAGAUGCUCCCUGUUGCCUUGCUCCACAUGAGGUGCACCCCCCGAAGUAACGGGCUGACUCCAUAUGAACUAGUCUAUGCCAGGCCUCCGCCGCUGCCAGCUACAGUCGAGACCCUGCCACUUCGUGGCGAGAUCAACCUUAAUCGGAUUCUAAAAGAACUGAAUCAGACAGUGCUAGAAAUGAGCCAGCAUACUGAACAGACUCCCUUAGGAAUAGUUAUCCCUGUUCAUGGCUUCAAGCCUGGGGAUGAAGUCUGGGGAGUCUAUGUGCAGAGCAAGGCUGCUCUUGGCUGCGCGGUUUAUAAGCAACAGCGGCGUGCUCAGCUGGUGCUUGCUCAUGAGGAGCACGAGGCGCAGCUGCAGCCUCCUACCUUGAUCAGCCUUGUCUCUCAUCUCUGCGACGGAGCAGCACAAUAUCAACGGCCCUGGGCCGCAGGUUUGCUGGGCAGAUCAGCUGGUCCUCCCCGCGGCUGUGUGGGCCACGGUCUUCCCCGCGCUGACGGCACCUGGAAAAGGCCGCGGGUCGGGAUAGAGGGGCUUGCGGACUCGAAAGGCGCCAUUUACGACCAAGCGCAGAGUAUGCCAGGGGCUCAGACUGUGUAG